CAGGACUAUAGACCGACGCCCUAUCUGAUAAAGCACGUACAUCUGGACUUUAACCUAAAUGAAGACAGCACCCGUGUAACAUCACGGCUCAGUAUGCUGCCCAACUAUGGCAGCGCGGCAGCUCCUCCGAGUCUUGAGCUAGAUGGCCGGAAGGACAUCAAACUAGUUGCUGUCAAGGUGGCUGGCAAGGAGUUGCAGCCCUCUGAGUAUGAAAUUGCAGAGAAGAAGUUGACUCUGUCCAAGCUGCCAAAGGGAGAAUUCGAAGUUGAAAUUGAAGAGAACACCUCUCUUGAAGGCUUGUACAAAAGCGGCGGCAAUUUCUGCACUCAGUGUGAGGCUGAGGGCUUCCGUGGGAUCUCUUAUUUCCUAGAUCGGCCAGAUGUGAUGGCGAAGUACACCACUCGCAUUGAAGCAGAUGCCAAGAGCUACCCUGUGCUUCUGUCGAAUGGCAACCUUCUGGAGCAGGGCUCUCUUGAGGGUGGCAGGCACUUUGCAGUCUGGGAGGAUCCGUUCGUGAAGCCCUGCUACCUGUUUGCCCUGGUGGCGGGCGACCUGGCAGUCAGGGAGGACACGUACCAGACCAUGUCGGGCCGCACCGUCACGUUGCGCAUCUACACGCGCGCCAAGGACAUCGACCGCGUCGCCUGGGCCAUUGAAAGUCUCAAGCGCGCCAUGAAGUGGGACGAGGACACCUUCGGCCUGGAGUACGAUCUGGACCUGUUCAACAUAGUGGCGGUGGACGACUUCAAUAUGGGCGCGAUGGAGAACAAGUCGCUCAACAUCUUCAACAGCCGCCUGGUCAUUGCGUCGCCGGCCACGUCGACGGACAUGGACUACUCGCGCGUGGAGGGUGUGGUGGGCCACGAGUACUUCCACAACUGGACCGGCAACCGCGUCACCUGCCGCGAUUGGUUCCAGCUCACCCUCAAGGAGGGCCUCACCGUCUUCCGCGACCAGGAGUUCAGCGCAGACCUCAACUCGAGGCCGGUGAAGCGCAUCGAGGAUGUGUCGCGGCUGCGCACGGCGCAGUUUGUGGAGGAUGCGGGGUCUAUGGCGCACCCCAUCCGGCCAGACUCCUACAUCAAGAUGGACAAUUUCUACACACUCACUGUGUAUGAGAAGGGCGCCGAAAUUGUCAGGCUGUACCAGACCUUGCUCGGCAAGGACGGCUUCAGGUCUGGCAUGGACUUGUAUUUUAAGAGGCACGACGGGCAGGCUGUGACAUGUGACGACUUCCGCAACGCCAUGGCAGAUGCGAAUGGCCAGGACCUCAGCGCCUUUGCUGCAUGGUAUGCACAGGCGGGCACGCCGCAUGUCAAGAUUGCGGCAUCGUACAACGCGGCCAACAGGACAUACACUGUGAAGGCUUCCCAGAACACUCCCCCAAGCCCAGGCCAAAGCGACAAGGGCCCCGUGCCUAUUCCUGUGGCAGUGGGCCUGCUGGGCCAGGACGGGACAGAGCUGCCCCUCACUCUCAAGGUGUGCACCACAUCUUACCUUUUUUGCUUUGCUCUUGAAAACAGAUCUACCUGUUCAGGCGAGCCUGAGACGACAAAGGUGCUGCUGCUGACAGAGAAGGAGCAGGAGUUUGUGUUUACCGAGGUCUCAGAGAACCCCGUCCCCUCCCUGCUGCGCGAUUUCAGCGCCCCUGUCAAGCUGGAGGUGGAGGGGCAGACAGAGGAUGAGCUUGUGUUCCUGCUGGCCCAUGACAAGGACUCCUUCUGCCGCUGGGAGGCUGGGCAGCGCCUGCUCAGAGGCCUCCUCUCCUCCCUCUACUCUGCAGGCUCUGCCUCCAAGGAAAGCCUGUCGGCGGCUGGCGGUGUGCCAGAAAAGGUGGUGGCGGCCAUCGGCGCGGUACUGAGCGAUGCGGGGCUGGACGGCGCCUUUGUGGCUGCCGCCAUCAGCCUGCCUGCUGCAGCGGAGCUCAUUGGGACCAUCCCCAACAUCGACCCAGUCCUCCUGCACAACGUCAGGCAAUAUGUGGCUUGGGAGCUGGCAGCGCGCUUGAGGCCCGAGCUGGAGGCGGCCAUCAAGCGGAACGAGAGCGCGCCCGGAGCAUCCUACACUCCCGGCGACUCAGCACAGCGUGCCAUCAAGAACAAGGCGCUGUCCUACCUGAGCACCCUGAAGGACCCCAGCGUCACGGCAGACCUGCUGCAGCGCACGCGCAGCGCCACCAACAUGACCGAUCAGAUCUCCGCCCUCGCCUGCCUGGUUGACAGCGAGAGCCAAGAGAGGGAGACAGCGUUGGCUGAGUUCUAUGAGCAGUGGAAGGACGAUGGCUUGGUCAUGCUCAAGUGGAUCGCCCUGCAGGCGGGCUCCAACUUGGAGGGCAAUCUGAAAAAUGUGGAGAAGCUGGUGACUCACCCGGCAUUCUCCAUCACCAACCCCAACGCCUGCUACUCCCUCUUCCUGGCCUUCCUGCGCUCCCCCGUCAACUUCCAUGCCGCUGACGGCUCCGGCUACAACUUCAUUGCAGACUCCAUCCUCAAGGUCGACAAGAUCAACAGGCAAGUUGCAUCGCGCAUGGUGUCCAGCAGUGCAUUCACCGCCUGGAAGGACUACGAUGUGGAGCGCCAGCACAUGAUGAAGGAGCAGCUGGCCAAGAUCAAUGCGGAGAAUGGCCUGUCAGAGAAUGUCUUUGAGAUCGUCUCGAAGAGCCUGGAGGGCUGA